AUGUUGGUCAAUUGGCUCUCAGCCGUAACUCUUCUUGCCUUGAGUGCAGCCCUUAGACUCGAUAAUGUCGAGUCCAUCAGAAAGCAGAUGGCUCCUCGUGCCGCUAUCCCUCAAGGAUCAAUUAUGGACGAUGUGUUCCCAGCACUCACUAUCCAAGAGAAGGAUUGGGUCUUGGGAGGUCUCAACAAAUUGAACAAGCUUAAUGGUACUUCGUGCGAAAAGUGUCACUACAAAAUGAAGUUGGCCAAAAAAAUGAUCGACGAAAAGCCCGAGAUGACACACUUGACCUCGGUCAUGUUGUACGAGUACUGUUUGAGUCAAAACAAGAACUCUGACAAGGCCUGUCAAUUCGUAGACUUCUUCAUCACCACCAGCACCCAGGACUCUCAAGUGCCUGACUCUCUUGCCUUGAGCCAGGGAUGGACCGAGUCCGAGACUUCUGUUGAUUUCUUUGACAAUGAUUUCAUCAACUUGGUCAAGAACAUGAACAUGUCUUCCAACAUGACCCUCAACUACUACUGUUACUACAAGGGCAAGUACUGUCCUUUGCCAAAAACCCCUGAUGUGUCCAAGAUCUUUGACAUGGAGUCCAUGUGGCCCAAGAAGACCGAAGCCCAGAUGUCCGAGCCCGUCUAUAACUCCAGCAGAGAGUUGUUUAACGUCUUGCACGUCUCAGACUUCCACAACCAGCUCAGAUACGAGGUCGGCUCUGAGGCCAAUUGCUCGCAAGGUUUGUGCUGUCUUCCAGAAUCUUUCAACACCGACUUGAUGCCAGCUUCGUACAACUUCACCAGUGUCUACACCAAAGCUGGCGCUUCAAGUAACAUGAGCCUUUCAUUUUACCCAGACGCUCAUUAUCUUGAAAACGACACUUUUGUGCCAGGUAAAUCCGCUAAUCUUCCAUUGUACCGUGGCUGGAACUGGGCCCAAACGCCAGCUACCACUUUCGGACACUACAAGUGUGAUCCACCAGAGACUUUGAUGAACAACAGUUUGGCUAACAUCGGCCAAGCUGCUGUGGAGAAGGCUUUUGAGUUCUCUCUCUUCACCGGUGAUAUUGUGGACCACGAUGUCUUGCACUGUGAUGCCAACACCACCAAGUACGCCGAGGUUCGUUCUUACAACAUCAUGAAGCACUACUUGAAGGGAAUUCCUGUUUUCCCAACCCUUGGUAACCAUGACACCUUCCCAUACGGUCAAUUGGCUCCAGAGAAGGUAAACAACGUUACCUUCAACAACUCUGUAUACCACUGGAACGACGAGUUGAUGGCUGACCUCUGGACAACUAACGGUUGGCUCGACUCGUCGAUGAAGGAGAGCAUCGUAAAGCACUACUCCGCUUUCUCUGUCACCACCAAGAGAGGUCUCAAGGUGAUCUCGCUCAACUCUAACUGCUACUACCAAAAGAACUUGUACGCAUACAUCGACGUUGAAAACCAACCUGAUAUUUUUGGCCAAUGGGACUUCUUGAUCAAGGAGCUUGUCGAAAGUGAGUCCAAGGGUCAGCGUGUCUGGAUUUUGGCUCAUAUCCCAGCUGGUGACUAUGACACCUUGCCCAUCCAAUCCAACAUCUUCGCCAAGAUUGUUGAGAGAUUCUCGCCAUACACCAUCGCCAACAUUUUCUACGGCCACACUCAUAGAGAUCAAUUCAAGGUUUUGUUCGAUGAGAAGCUGAAGGCCCCAAUCAACAUGGCCUGGAUUUCUCAAGCUAUCACUCCUUUGAAUGCCAACCCAUCUUGGAAGUACUACGAGGUUGAAGAUGGAUCUUUCAACAUUAUCAAUGCUUUCAACUACUACACUCCUCUUAACGAGACCUGGGUCAACGGUCCUCAAGAGCCACAAUGGCAAUUUGAGUACUCUCCAAGAGCCGUGUAUGACCCACAAGGCCAAUGGCCAAAGAACGCAGCCUUAAACGCUACUUUCUGGAACAAAUUCGUUCUUCAAAAAUUGGCCAACACAUCUAAUGUGGACUUCAACCAAAAGUACACCAACUACUUGUUCAGAAACACUCCAUAUGUGCCAAAGUGUAAGAACGGUACCAACAUCACUGAUGGUUGUUACUCCGACAACUACUGUUACAACGCUGCCUUCAGAGUCGAUGAGAUGAACGGAUGUGGCAGUUCUUGA